AUGUCUGAACCAGAAGUGGAGGCGUCACAAUUACAAAAACGACUCAUUGAGGCUUUUGAUGUAUUUGAUAAUGCAAAAAGUCAUCAAGUCGAUGUCAGAGAACUUGGCACAAUCAUAAGAUCAGUUGGUUGUGUUAUUACUGAAACAGAGCUUCAAGAAAUUCAAGUAGAAGUUGAAGAUGUAGAAAAUAACUGCGUUCCUCAAGCCCGUUUUGUUGAAUAUAUGUGUAAGGCAAUUAGUGAACAAAAAUAUAAACCAGCUGAUCCAGAAGAUCUGUUACAAGCUUUUCAAGUCUUAGAUCCGGAAAAUCGAGGCUACAUUUUAAAAACCGAUUUAGAAAAGGCAAUGAUGGAAAUUGGCGAGCCAUUCUCAGAACAUGAAGUAAAUGAAAUGAUGUCUGUCGCUUGUGAUCCUCAGACAAACAAAGUUAAUUAUGAACUCUAUAUUAACUUAUUAAUUGUGAGUAUAAAUUUUAAAUAUUAA